AUGCAAUCGCAGACGGAAAACUACUCAGUUGAACUAAAGUUCUUACUUCUACCCAGUAUAACAAAUAUUUCGCCAUCACAACCGAUACCUCCGGAAGAAUUAGUAAUACCUGCAAAUAUCCGUUUAGCUGAUACCGGUUUCGAUAAACCUUCGAAAAUAGACGCGAUUCUCGGCAUGCCCAUUUUCUGUGCUUUAUGGCACGCCGGACAGAUUGUUCAAAUCAAUGAUUCAAUAUCUUUGCAAAAUUCACGAUUAGGUUGGAUCGCAGUAACGACCGCAAAUAUGCAUUUGCCACGAAGCGUAAAAUGCCAUACCGCUCUUAUAGGAUUGCAAGAACAAUUAGAAAAGUUUUGGCGCAUUGAGCAAACGCCAGAAAGGAAAAUCAGAUCUCAGGAGGAGGAGUAUUGCGAAGCGCACUAUGCAAAUAAUACGCGCCGUGAUUCAUCGGGUAGAUAUAUAGUAAGACUACCACUCAGGGAAAACGCAAAUCAAUUAGGGGAUUCAUACGUUAAUGCACUAAAAAGAUUUCAUGUGCUCGAACGUUCGUUAGCGCGUAAACCGGGGGUACGCGAAGAGUAUGCUAAAUUUUUAUCCGAAUACGAGGAUUUGGGGCAUAUGGAAAGGAUCGAAGAGCCUUCCCGUACAGAAGGUUAUUACUUGCCACAUCAUGCCGUAACUAAACAAUCGAGUAUAACAACCAAGCUGCGGGUGGUUUUCGAUGCAUCCGCGAAAUCGAGUAGCGGUCUGUCAUUAAAUGAUAUCUUAAUGGUCGGCCCAACGAUUCAGGAGGACUUAUUCACUAUUCUCUUAAGAUUUCGGUCACAUGCAUUCGCGCUUACUGCAGACAUAGCCAAGAUGUAUCGGCAAGUAACAAUGGAUCCGCGUGAUCGUAUUUAUCAGAAUAUUCUUUGGCGUCGAGGAUUAAAUGAACCAGUCCAAACGUACCGACUCAAAACAGUAACAUAUGGCACAGCAACCGCGUCUUUUUUAGCGACUCGCACGCUACAUCAACUUGCUAACGACGAAUUAAGACAACACCCAAGGGCAUCCAUUAUCUUAAAGGAAGAUUUCUAUGUCGACGACCUAUUAACGGGAGCCCAUACGAUAGACGAGGCUAGACAAAUUCGCGACGAGCUCAUAGCGGUGACAAAUAAGGCAGGCAUGCAACUAAGACAAUGGGCUUCAAACAGCAUUGAAGUAUUAAAGGGUUUAGGUAAUAAAAGGGAUAACACGUUUAUAAGCCUAGACAUAUCCGCUACGAUAAAAACAUUAGGAGUACAGUGGAAUGCCAUGCAGGAUAUUAUAGUGUAUUCAGUAAWACAUUAUGACAAUCCCACUAAAAUCACCAAGCGCAGUAUAUUGUCAGAGAUUGCACAAAUAUUCGACCCAUUGGGGCUAUUGGGGCCCGUUAUAAUUAAAGCCAAAAUGAUGAUGCAGGAACUAUGGCAGAUAAAAUCGUCAUGGGAUCAAGAAGUUCCUGACGAUAUAGGUAGGACUUGGAAAGCAUUUCGUCAAAGCUUGCAUGAAUUAGAGCAAGUGGCACCUCUCAAGACACAAUCGCUUCCGCGUUUGGAAUUGUGUGGCGCGGUAUUGCUGUCGCGCCUAUACAUAGCCACUAAGAACGCGCUGCGAAGAAUCAAAUUUCGUCGUUCAGUGUUUUGGUCGGAUUCAGCAAUAGGUUUGCAUUGGCUCAAUACACCACCACAUUUACUAAAAACGUUUGUAGCGCAUCGAGUAACAGAGAUUCUGGAAAAUACCGCUCCAGAGCAAUGGCGGCACGUAGCAUCUGAAUAUAACCCGGCUGAUUUGAUAUCGCGCGGCGUAACGCCGACCGAGUUCAUUAAAAACGAAAUGUGGAAAGCAGGACCUUCGUGGCUAAUUCAACCAGAAUCAUACUGGCCACAGCACAUAGUGGAAAAAGUAGAAAUACCCGAUAUGAGAAAAUUCGUGGCGGUCGCGACGUCCGAUGAGCCGUUCGAUUUAUAUAGGCGAUAUUYCUCAUUCCGAAAGUUAAAGCGCAUAGUAGCUUACUGCAUCAGAUUCGCACAGAAUGCAAGAGAGUCUUACAUAAACAGGGUUGCCGGUGAAUUAACAGCAAAUGAAUUAAAAAACGCGGAAACAAUCAUAGUCAAAUCCGUGCAGAGAGAAGCAUUUUUUGAAAUAAUCAAGCAAAUACAAUCUGGAAAGGAUAUUCGCAAUUCGAUAGUAGCCCUCAGCCCAUUCAUUGAUAAUCAAGGAAUUCUAAGAGUUGGCGGGAGAUUAAGCAAGAGUAAUCUACCAUAUGAUCAAAGACAUGCGGCAUUAUUACUAAAGAUACAUAUUAUUACUGAACUUAUUAUACGUGAAAGGCAUGAGAAAAUUUAUCAUGGCGGAACACAGGCCACGCCUAAUGCCGUUCGCGAAAGUUUUUGGCCUAUCAACGGUCGAGCAGAAGUAAAGCGCGUAAUAAGCAAGUGUACCGUUUGUCGGCGUAUGAGACCAAUCAUGCUUAAUUACAAAAUGAGCGAUUUACCAGCAAGUCGGUUACAACCAAAUCGGCCAUUCCUCCACACCGGGGUCGACUUUUGUGGACCAAUAUUCAUAAAGGAAAGGCAGCAUCGGAAUCGCGGACGAAUCAAAGUAUAUGUAGCAGUUUACGUCUGUUUCACCACAAAGGCGGUGCAUUUAGAGAUAGUAAGCGAUUUGACGACAGAUUCAUUUUUAGCUUCAUUAAGAAGGUUUAUGUCUCGCAGGGGGAAAUGUUCUGAUAUUUAUUCAGACAAUGCAACAAAUUUUUUGGGCGCGGCAAACGAAAUACAGUCACGCGUUUCUCGAAAGUUGUCCAACGACGGUAUUAGGUGGCAUUUUAUUCCUCCUAGAUCACCUCAUUUCGGAGGUCUCUGGGAGGCUGCAGUAAAAUCCUUUAAGCAUCAUUUAACUCGAGUGAUUGGAGAGACAUUACUCACCUACGAAGCAUUGCUAACGUAUGUUUUAGAAAUAGAGGCCAUCCUCAAUUCUCGCCCUCUCACCCCUUUAUCCAAUAAUCCAAAUGACCUACGCGCUCUCACUCCUGGACACUUCUUGAUAGGUGACUCGUUGAUAAGUUUGCCAGAUCACGAUUUCAGGAAUAUACCAUGCGGCCGGUUGUCGCAAUGGGAGUAUUUGAAUAAGCAAACGGUGCGUAAAAAAUGGCACAAGGACGCGACGGAUAACAUAAGGAUUGGCACACUAGYUAUUCUGAGGGAAGACAAUGCUCCUCCUCUUAGGUGGCCAUUGGGUSGAGUGACGGAGCUACAUACUGGUCCUGACGGCAUAACGCGUGUGGUAACGCUAAAAACGGCUAAUGGAAAAUUAAAGCGAAGUGUCAAACAAGUAGCACCAUUACUUAAUGACACUGAAACUCUUAAUUAA